AUGGCGCUCAAGACUCCUUGGCGACAGGUGCAGAGUUUUCCCCUCUACGAAGUAGUUGCGAUCCUCCUUCCAAGUCAACCAUGUGCUGACAGGGUCUCCUAUCUCCACUGGAGUAUUCUGCACAUCGAAAUUACCCCUAAUACCGACAACUUCUCGGUGUCAGCGUCCCCCGUGCCGAAGCGCCCACCCCAAGGAAGGUCGAGCGUGCAGCAUACAAAGCGUGCAGAAUGUAUCGUCUGGUGUGUGUGGGUAGCCGGUUGCGUCGCGCUGAAGGUCCGAGGCCAUGUUCCAUACGCUGAGGCUAGACGGCGCAGCCUCUUCAUGCCCUCCAUGCUUUAUGGCAACACAUACCGCGUGAGUCAAUACACAGAUUCUUACCACGGGAUGUGA